AUGGGUCACUGCUUCGACGCCUUCCUCGCCUCCUCGACAUCUUCCUCGCCUCCUCCUCACCGUCUCAACGCCUUCCUCGCCUUCUCAAUACCUUCCUCACUACAUGACAGAGUUGGCUACGAACCAGGAAUUAUAGGUGCCAGUGUCCCAUCCUGUGCCACCAGCCCUGAACCAUCACACUGCUGUCCCAUUUCCCUCGAGUUUAUAUCCUGGUCGCUGUCUCGCCUUUGGGUCAUCAAGAUCUCGCUCACCUGUGUCCGCCUCACCUACCUUGUGGUGAAAGGUACUGACCCUGGUGAAGCCAUUAAGAGAACUGCUGAGUUAGAAUGUCUCAAGGAUGGAUAUAUCAGGGCUCUCCUCGGGAUCAGGGCCUGUGUGCCUCAGGAUCAGGGUCUGGGUGCCUCAACAUUAGGGUCCGGGUACCGCAAGGACACACCAAGGUACUUUAGGACAUUCCAGGACACACCAAUGUACUUUAGGAAAUUCCAGGACACACCAAUAUACUUCAUGACAUUCCAGGACACACCAAUGUACUUCAGGACAUUCCAGGACACACCAAUGUACUUCGUGACAUUCCAGGACACACCAAGGUACUUUAGGAAAUUCCAGGACACACCAAUGUACUUCAGGACAUUCCAGGACACACCAAGGUACUUCAUUAGCGGGUUUGCUGUGAUCAUCGUGGGGGCAGUAAUAGAGGCCCACUACAGGGCUUACCUUGACUUCAUCUCGUCUAGCUAUGUGUCUGCCUCAUCCAUCCUCAUCGCCGUGGGCGUCCUCAUCUUUGUGGUGGGAUUCUUCGGUUGCUGUGGUGCCGUCAAGGAGAACCACUGUAUGGUCGUUACGUUUGCUGUGCUGCUGUGCAUCAUUUUCGUCAUGCAGUUGGGCGUGGGCAUUGCUUCUUACAUCCUACGCUCAGAUGUAGAGACCUUCCUGCAUCAAAACAUGCUCAUCACUAUGCGUAACUACUCAGAUGAGUACCCUGGCAUCUUCAAGACAUGGAAUGUCAUUCAACAUGAGCAUGCUUGUUGUGGUACCGAUGGCUACAAGGACUGGGAGCUUACAAACUUUGGUGUAGAGUAUGCUGGAGUUCCUGAUGAUUGCUGCAGAGUAAACACUCACCUAUGUGGACAGGACAUGUUCAACAAAUCUCCUCAGGAAGUUGAUAAAGAGAUUCACAAGGAAGGCUGCUUUGACAAGCUGAAGGGAGAUGUGAAAGAGAAUGUGACCAUCCUGGGAGGUGUGGCCAUAGGCAUUGGAUUUGUUCAGCUGAUUGGAGUUGCAUUUGCGUGCUGCCUGGCCAAGUCACUCAGGCGACAGUUUGAAACAGUGUAACUCCAAGUGGGAGCCUUUCCCCAUACACUGGUAAAAUCUCAUCCUAUAUGAACUUGCUCGGACAUUUGGCUCUCGUUUAGUGUUCAUCAUUCACUUAUGCUUAGGAGACCAAGCUUCAGUGUUUUAAGGAGCUCAUAAGAUGAGAUUUUUUUGUACUUGUUUGUGUGAGCAGUGUAUCACCAUUACUGGGUUGGGGUUAAUUAGAAAAGUAACAAAUGGAACAUAAAUAAUUAAUAAGUACCAUAAUUCUGAUCUCUUUGAAGAUAUGCAACAUCCUAGGUAUAAUUAAACAGCAAUUUCAAUACAGUUUAGCUAUAUGAUAUUGAACAUCAUGGUAAGAGUUGUUUGACUAUGAGUGAUCAUGGUGCCUAUCAUUGUAGACUCAGUAACUCUUGGGCCAGUCAUCCACCAGUGAUGUGUCCGUCACUCUGGCAGGUGGCUGGCCUUAAUUUGGCAAGUUUCUGGAUGGCACAGGAAACAUUGUGGAAAAUGUAUGAAUUGCUUCAUAGCCUUCUGUACACAAAACUAUGAAGUGCUUGGACAAGGAAAUAUAAUUAAUUUGAGACUGCAGAUGGAAGAAAAUAAAGUAAACAAUUGAAAUAACAAAUUUACACCCUAUAAGAUGCAUAUAAUUUUAGAAGUGCAGUAUUUCUUCAGAGGGAAGGCAAAAUGCUCAAUACCAAUACUAAGGUUAUAAUUCUGAAGGCUUUUAAGUCACUGAAUAUACUUCAAGUUCCAUCUGUAGUUUCAAGUGUAAUUGUCAUUCUUCAAGCAGUUCUACCAUCAGUGGGCUGAGUUUACUACAAGAUCAACUAUCAUGACUUGUAGAUCUGAAGUUUUAAGGAAUUGUUAAUUUGAAGAAAAGUACAUUUUUUUUUAAUAACUGAUCUACAAGUCAGAAUAUUUGGUGUUAACCCUACACAUGCACAGUUUUAUAUUGAAAACUUUCUUCUUGUGCUGCAGCAGUUCUUUGAAAAGAUGAGUAAUAAUUAAGUCUCAAGUUCAGUUUCAGUACUAUUGCUUAACGAAGGCACACACACAUGUACUAGAGAUUGCAGUGAUUUUUUUUUUCUAUAUCAGAUAUGUUUCUCUGAGUAUUGUGAAGGUAGUUCAGAAUGUAUCAUUUCUAGAUCUUUAUACAUCCUAUAAAUACAAGCAAUUCAGAAUGCUUAAUUUCUGAUCUUUAUAUUUGAAUAUAUAAUCUUUUUCUUAUUGCAUUUGACGAAUCCUUGUACUGUAUAAUUUUAGUUGGAGGAAUUUUCAUUUCUAUAAUUGUCUCAUUCAUAAAGCUCUCAUGUUUUACUGUUAUUUUUUUUAUUACUUUGGUAUAUGUUUUUUACUGUAUUGGAGAGGUAGUGUUUUAGCUUACAGUAUUUUGUUUCCACAAAUUGUCAACAAAAAGGGAUUAAACUUAUAAGAAUUGUUGAUGCAUAAAAUACAUUGUAUCUUAAAGGAGUAAUGAUUGUCACUGCACCUAUUAUUGAAUCAAUGAUUACUGUAUUUUUAAAGUUGCAGUCAAUAAAAUAUAAAAUGCAGUUACAGUAUUACUGAUAUAAUGAUUAUAAUAUUAUGGUAUAAUGCUUACUGAUGUAAGUACUGUACUGUACCUGCUAUUGAUGUAGUUAUUACUAAUGCACUUGUCAUUUAUAACUGAUUAUUUGUGUAAUUAUAAUUAUUUUUAAUAUUAGUACAUUUGUUAUUUAUACAGUAUUUGGGGUAACUGAUUAUUAAGUGCAAAUACAGUUGAUACUUAUUAAUCACACAAGUUUUCACUGAGACAGAGAGAGAAUCAUUACAGUAAAUUUAAACUGAUGAUGACCACAUUGUUUCAUUAAUCACUGUUAACAGAAAUCUUUAUAGAUAAUUUAAUAAUUGCUACUAACAAAAUUAAUGCUUUUAACAAAUAUUGUACAAAACAAAAUUGAUAGAUACUUAAUUAUUGGAACAAUGAUAAUACAGUGAUGGUUGUUGAUACGAUGACAGCUGUCAAUUGCAUCGUUGACUUCAAGAUUUAUAUUUUUAAUCGGGGUUUCAGAUACUGUAUUAUGAUUAUACGAUAUUUACAAUGGAAAUGUUGAAUCUCAAUGAGUAAUAUUUAAGAGCUUUAUAGAGAACAGUGAAACACUAAGUGGCAAAUUUAGGAAAACUAACCCAGCAAUGUUUUGUGGUUCUUGUGUGUAGUUUGACCUUUUUGUUUUUAGAAAUACAACAACAAAAAUGAAUGUAUCCCCAAAUUUUUGUGACUGUAUGUAAUUUUAAUUUGUUAUAACCUCAUGUUUAGUUUCAUCAUUCCCAAGAGAAAACACUGCCUUAAAUUAAUGAGUUUUAAAAGGAGACACAAGUAUUGAUAUAGGUUUAGAGGAUACAUAUACAGUAGUAAUUUACAGAAGAAGGUAAAGUAUUGUUGGGUCAGCUUUCAUGCCUCUAUCCCUCCACUUCCGGUUGGUAGUUGCUGCUGUUAUGCUUUACAUUGGUGUUAGCAUUGAGGAGCUGCUGGGAAGUUCUACCAACAUCACAAGCUGAUGAUAGUUGUUUGUAGUGAAAACAACUUGCAUCAUAAUAAGAACAGAAUUAAACAGACUCCUUUUGGAAGUUGGCUAACUUGUAUUGCGUCACGUAAUCCUUGUGGAAGCAACCAAUCAAACUGGGACUAAGAACCUUUUCCGUAUUGGAGAUGUGAAAUUUGAGGUGGAUGAAGUAUGUGGUGAGGUUUAUAUUUUGUGGCUUAUAUGCUUGAUGGAAAGCCUUAAUAUUUAAGGUAAAUAUAUAAAGAUUUAAUGAGUGUGUCAGAUCAGAGAGCAGCAUAGUGUGGGCAGGAUUGAAGGCAGGUGACUGUUUAGUGAGCUGUGAAGUUGUGGCUUCCUAAUGCUCCAAUAGUGGCAGACAAGUUAUUCUUGUUUACAAAUGUAUAAAGCUUUCAUAUUGGCAGAGUAGCAGUAUUUUGAUAUUUACCUACAGGAUGGCUGGAAAUGAGAGUUUAAUAUAAGAUGUGCCAAAUGUACACAAAAGAGAGACUGGCUUUUGUUUGGCUCUGGGCUAUGUCCUGUUUGUUAUAAAUGGCACAAAAACUUCUUUUCCUUGUUAUAACAAAGACAAGGAGCACAUCUUUUGUAAGUCAUAUCAUAGUUUGAAUUUUUUGUAAAACUUCAUCAUGGCUAAUAGCUCAGCUGCAUAGUUAAUUUUUGUAUCUUCUGGAGAAAUAGUUGUUGGGUACAUGCCCUAUCAAUGCCAUAUUUUUUUAUCUUUGUUUGUAACAUGAUCAAUCAUUUUGGUCUUUAUGGAAUAUAUACCCGAAGUGUAUAAUAUUUACUUGACAAUGUAUUAAAUAAUUACCCCAGUUAACCAAAUAAAUGGCUCAUAAAAUGGCUGAUCAUGUCACAUUUCCUUCGCAUUCACGUGUGACUGUGGUGUACCUGUGGUGAUGGUGUUUGAGUGGUUGCUAAGUUCCUGUUGAAGAGCUACCAGACUGGUCAAACUUGUGAAACAUCAUUAUGCACAUAAUUGUGGAAAUUUACUCAUGGGAAUAAUAUACUGUACCAACACUUUGUGCUUGUAAUAUAGUCAAGGCAUAAUCAGUGAAAUAUUUUAAAGUUAUUCACAUGAUAUUCUCUUCUGGUUGGUGGAAGGCUUUUACAAAAUAUUUAAAUGGUUUAGAAGUGUGUGCCAGUCUUGGUGUGUUUUCACAAAAGUACCCCGAAUUUUACCCAAGUUAACUACUCCUUGUCUUUCUCCUUUCCUCCACCCUCUCCUCGUCUUCUGCAUUUCUGCUCUUAGAAAAUUUACUUCAUCCUUUCUCAAUUAAUCCCAUAACUACAUCAGUCUAUUCUUUACUCUAUAUCUGAACCCAACUUCUCUCUCUAUCUCUCUCCCCAACUUUCUCAUAUCAUUUAUUCACUAAAAGUUUCCUAAAUUUCUACAUCUUAACCUAAACCAACUCUGAUUUGACCCUGUGGAGCAGCCUCCUGUACCUUGAUAUAGCUGCUCCCCUGUAAUAUUCAGAUGGAUCAUUGCUUCACUUAGUCAGAGCACCUGGACUGUUGUUGUCAUGCCAACCAGAGGACAACUUCCGCAACUUAAUGCUGUGGUUCUGUCAAUAACAUGGGCAAUGUACGUCUCCCACCACAGACAGCUUUUGGGCCUUAAUGAGUAAUUGCUGUUAGUAUUUUUAGUUUGAAAGUGUGUCUCAUUCAUUUGGUAAGGGUAUAGCUAGGAUC